GACAUUUAUAUAAUAAUCCUUUCCUUUCUCGUCGUUUUAAAAAGCUCGUAUACAUCCUUUUUUGUCACCGCGAGGCCGCCUCUGGUUGAUUUCCUCUCUUCUACUAAAGAAAGUUUUUUUUUCCCUUGUCGGCCAGGUUUCCCCAAGGACUCCGCGUUGUCCGUCUUCGGGCAUUGCUUACGCAGCAGCUGUCUGCAUUCAAAUACCUUGCCAUCCGAAGCUCCUGGACUUUCCAAACGGAUUUUUUUCUACUGUCACUAUUUCAAUCUCGGCUUCACAUAGACAAUGCAACUCAAGAGAGCAGCGCGAGUAAUUCUAGUUGGUGCGCCGGGCGUGGGCAAGGGAACCCAGAGCGACAGGCUGCUGAAGCGCUUCCCCCAGCUCAAGGCCAUUAGCACCGGCGACCUCCUCCGUCACAAUGUCAAGAACAGAACACCUCUCGGCAUCAUGGCUGAAAAUACCAUCAAGGCGGGAGGCCUAGUGGCUGACGAUUUGAUGCUCCGUCUCAUCUCAGGAGAGCUUCGAUCUCGAGGCUGGCUGCGACCUCCCACCAUGACGCUCUCAGCUGAGGCAACUUCAAUCGAGGGCUCAUUUCAUUCCAGCGCCUCCAUGGAUGCUUUCAACUCGCUGCCUUUCCAAAUGGACGAGCACACCAUUCCCCAGGCCUCAGAGGACCCCAACGCUUCUUUCAUGCUGGACGGCUACCCCCGGACUGUAGCCCAGGCUAUCACGCUCGACAAGAUUGUGCCCAUGAACUUAGUCGUCUCCAUCCAGACUCCCUUCUCCGUCAUUCUCGAACGGAUUGCUGGUAGAUGGGUGCACGAACCCUCUGGUCGCGUGUACAACACAAGCUUCAAUCGGCCUCGUGUCCCCGGCCGCGACGACGUCACCGGCGAACCCCUCGUCCAGCGCCCUGAUGACAACGAGGCAACGUACCGCGCACGCUUCCAGAAGUUCCAGGAGAACAGCGAGCCCAUCCUCAACCACUACGCUAAGAAGGGUGUCCUACUCGAAGUCGAAGGCAUGAGCAGCGACGAGAUCAGCCCCAAGCUGUACGAAGCCUUUGAGCAGCGCUUUGCUCGGUGAAGAUCCUGCCCUGUUUACAUCACGUCAUACCUACGUUUUAUUAUUGUUUCAACAGCCUUUUUGAUAUUAUUACUCGGUUGGCUUUUUGCUUGAUUCGGCGACUUUUUUUUUUUACGUUUUACAGUUUUGGCUAUUAAUAGGAGUUUACACGUGUGGUUGGGAAAACGCCCUUUGGCUUCAACAUUUUUGGGUUAUUGUGUUCAUGUCGAGG